AUGUCGACACCUUCUCGCCGCCGUUUGAUGAAAGACUUUAAGCGUCUGCAGAGCGAUCCUCCAGGCGGCAUCUCGGGCGCACCAUGCUCCGACAACAUCAUGCUCUGGAACGCCGUCAUCUUUGGACCAGGCGAUACUCCAUUUGAGGACGGAACGUUCAAGUUGCUCCUCCAGUUUGACGAAACGUACCCAAACAAACCACCAACUGUCAAGUUUGUGUCGAAAAUGUUCCACCCGAAUGUCUAUGCGAAUGGAGAGCUGUGUCUGGAUAUCCUGCAGAACCGAUGGUCGCCCACCUACGAUGUGGCAGCGAUCCUGACCUCGAUCCAGUCCCUCCUCCACGACCCCAAUCCCAAUUCGCCCGCCAAUGCUGAGGCGGCCAACCUCUACCGGGAGAACCGCAAGGAGUACACGCGUCGUGUCCGUGAGAUCGUAGAAACCUCAUGGGAGUCGUAA